AUGACCUUAAUAAAAGUCCUGUGGGAGUUAGAGACUGAGACCAGCGGCCCGGAGCGGCCUCCCAAGAAGCCACGGAAGCAUGACAGUGGUGCUGCUGACUUGGAGCGGGUCACUGACUAUGCGGAGGAGAAGGAGAUCCAGAGUUUGAAUCUGGAGACGGCUAUGUCAGUCAUUGGAGACAGAAGGUCCAGGGAACAAAAGGCCAAACAGGAGCGGGAGAAGGAACUGGUGAAGGUCACCAUCAAGAAGGAAGAUCUGGAGUUGAUAAUGACAGAGAUGGAGAUCUCUAGAGCAGCUGCAGAGAGGAGCUUGAGGGAACACACGGGCAAUGUGGCGGAGGCUCUUAUUGCCCUAACCAACUGAUGAUGUGCUUUUCAGACAUUC